UCAUGAAGGGCUGAGUCGCUGAGUAGGGUCCUUUAUCCCAUCGUCUCUUAUAACAGGAAGAUUGAAGUCGAAGGCGGCUGGCCAAAAUGCCAGAGGAGAUGGCGGACGGUGGGAGGAGGCUGGUGACCCUCGACGACCUCAUCGAUGCUUUGGACAAGCGCGAGACGGCGCCGAGCAAUGUUCCAAAGGUCGAGACAUUUCACUUCAAGGGGGACAAGGUAUCCAACUGGUUGGAUUUGACAGAACAGGCGUUGGUGGGACAGUCAGAUGAGGUCAAGCUCCAGCGGGUCCUCAGGUACGUCCUGCAUAGUCACCAUCGGGAAGUAACUAAGGUUGUGGAUGUCGCCGGUGGCAGUUGGAAGAAGUUUGGAGACCUAAUGCGAAGGAAGUACAGGCUGGGGGACGGCCUGUUGACCAUGGCCGACUUGGAGGCCAUGAAUAAGGAAGACUUCUCUACCAUUGGGGCGUUUGUGUACGAGUUCAAGAAAAAGGCGAGGAAGGUGCACGAGAUUUCUGAGGAGGCGCAGUGCGCCACGUUUUUGGGGCUGCUUACGGGCUCAGAGGCCACAGAGCUGACCAAGUAUGGGGAAGGGAGCGAGAGGCUCACCUGGGCAACCAUUGACAAGCGAGUGGAAGAAGGGAGCCURGACCAGGUGGAGCAGCACCAAAUGAGGCUGCAAAGGCGCAAGAGGAAGGAGAGGGAUGCUACCGCAUCCGGGACCCCAGGGGUGAAGAGAAUUGUCACGGACGUGUUGGCGACACUAGGGUACCAGGAACGAUUAAGGGUGAUGUGCGAAGAGGCCCAGGAGUGGGAAAUGAACCUCCCUGAGGUGAUGCUUUAUGGGUCCGGCCCGGAGUCAUCAUCAGGACCGCAAGGGUGUCCAAGCGUGGCGACGGCCGGGGCAGGUCCUAGGUCAGGGAUGACCUUUAGACCCCCUACGUCGCAUGGAAGGGUGCCACAGGCCGUGCAGACUAGGGGCCAAAGCAAGGCUACCGCUGGUCAGGGGCCUAGCCAGGCACCUGGCCGGGCGCCUCCCGGAAAGGAGCCUGAGCCUGAACGAACGAAAGAAGUGGUAGAGGUUCAAGAAGAGGAGGAUGAGGGCGAUGACGAAGAGGACGAGAGGCUCCGCCAAGAAGAAGAUCGGCGAGCUAAGCAGAGGGCCAAGAAGAGAGGGAUUCAGGGAGGGGCGGAGCCGAGCUUGCAUGAUGGCGCACCAAAAAGGAAGAAGUACGCGGUCCGGCUAGAGGAAGGUUUUGACGUGAGAGACCAGCCGAGCAUCGCAAUGGUGGACACGGGCGCUGAAAUGAAUAUCAUCCGGGAGCGGGACGCGACUAUGCUGGGGCUGGAGGUGGAUCAUUCAGACCAUGGUGUGCUGCACGGUGCCAACUAUAAGGCCAUUUUCUGCGGCACUGCGUCUAAUGUGAUGGUGGAGAUUGGGAGGGUAAGGGCGCGAACGUGCUUCUUCGUCAUGCCCGAUGUCGACCACCCUAUCCUUCUGGGGAGGUCGUUCCUCUGCCGGACGGAGACCUUGGUCAUCAACAGGCAUGAAGGGACGAUGAUCCUGGCUCUAUCCGAUCCGGCCUGCGGGAAUUACGAAAUUAUCAAGUGCCGGAACACAGGGCCCGGAAGUGCGAGGAACAGGCUCAACCUCGGCUCCUUCACCUUCGAGGAGUCCGAGUACGCGCGACGGAGACUCCGGGAGGAGCAGGAGGAGGAAGGAGCAGGCGAGGUGUUGUCCCUGAGCCUUAACGAUGUGAAUAAGGCAAUGGAGGUGGUGGCGGCUUAUGAUAUGGCGGACCCUGAGGCUAUAAAGGCAUUGAGGGAGCAGGCAGGGCCGUGCCGUAUCAAUAACGAGAACGAGGAGGGGCUAAUAAUCGGCGAGCCUGGCUUCCUUUCGCCCCAGGAGAGGACCUUGAUGGUAGGGACCAUGAAGAGGAGGCAUUGUGCGUAUGCGUUUAAUGACGACGAGCGUGGGAGGUUGGACGUGGAUAAGAUCCCAAUGAUACGAAUCCAUACCGUCCCACACGAGUCGUGGAACCUGAGGGGCGCGCGGUACCCGAAUCCGGAUGAGGGGAAGAAGGUGGUGGAUUACUUGGAUGGGAAGAUGAGGACGUAUGUGGCGGAUUACUCCAGUGGACCGUAUGCUUCCCCUUGGUUUUGUUUUAUCAAGCCGAACGGGACGUUACGGUGGGUGCAGGAUUUGCAACGAUUGAAUGCAGUGACGGUGCGGGACGCGGGAGGAUUGCCGAACGCGGACGCCCUGUCAGAGUCAUGCGCAGGAAGGCCUAUAAUCUCACUUAUAGACCUCUUUUCUGGGUAUGACCAGUUUCCUGUGUACCCGCCAGAUAGGCCGGUGACGGCAAUGCAUACGCCAAGGGGGCUGAUCCACAUGAACGUGGCCCCUCAGGGGUGGACUAAUGCGGUGGCGAUGGUGCAAAGGCACAUGAUUAGGGCCAUGCAGACGGUUAGUCCACAUAUUACCCAGCCCUACAUUGACGACCUGGCGGUCAAGGGUCCAAAGGAGAAGGAGGAAGAUGAAGUGAUGCCAGGGGUGAGGCGGUUCGUCUUGAAGCACGUCCAGGAUAUCGAUCAGGUUCUGGGUCUGCUGGAAGAACACAACCUGACGGCGAGCGGCCCCAAGUCGAAGCAUUGUAUGAGGGAGACCACGAUUCUGGGCUUUGUCUGUAACGAGAAGGGGCGGAGGCCAGAUGUGAAGAAAACGGAUAAGAUCCUAGAGUGGCCAGUCCCCUUCCAGUCGAUAACGGACGUGAGGAGCUUCCUUGGGACCUGCGGGUUUUGGAGGAGUUUUGUGAAGGACUUCGCCACCAAGACGGAGCAUUUAAGGAAGCUGGUGUGUCAGUAUCAGGAAUGGGUCUGGGGCAAGGACCAGGAGAAGGUUGUGGAAAGGAUGAAGAGAGAAUUCAAGGAAGGAGGCUUGGUGCUGGGAGCGCCGAAUUAUGAGGCCACGGAGGAAAAGCCAUUCGUUGUCGAGACGGACGCCGGGCCAACUGCCUUAGGAGGAUUCAAGAAAGAGACGUUGGCGGUGCUCCAUUGCCUAAGGACCUUCCGGAACUAUAUCUUUGGCAGGAGGCUCAUUCUGAGGGUGGACCCUACCGCGCUGGCGUGUUCCCUGAAAAGUUAUACUCCAUCUGACCCAACAAUCGCGAGGUGGUUGAUCUACAUUUGGAUGUUUAACUUUGAAUUGGAGAGGAUUCCAGGGGACAAAAACAGGGCGGAUGGGUUGAGUCGUAUCAACUGGGACGGGGCGAAUCAAGAAUCAAUUGAGGAUACCCCACCAGUCGACGGGUUCUUGGACCAGGAGGAGGAUGUCCGCCUCCACAUAAAUGAGUGGUCGCUGAGGGUGCCUAGCUGCGUCACGCAUCCUAUAUGGCUAGCACCAAGGGGGUACGAGCAGAAGGAGGAGUUGGUCCUCGAGCCCUUCCAGGAAGAAGAUCCGUGGGGGAGCAGGGAUGUUGGCUGGAUGAUGAAGUUGGCAUUGGCAGGGACACAUAGUCUGGCGGAGGAGGUGAGGACGAUAGAGGAAGGGUCAACCCAGGUAGAGGAGCAUGAGCAACUAAUGAGAGGGAUGUACUUGCUCACUAAUACGCUCCUGCAGAGGAACUUUAACCAGAGGAGCUCAGCCGGUUCUAAGGAAAGCGAACUUCUUAUUCCUGAAAGCCAGGACGACGAGUUCGAAGAUGGAGAGAUCAGGGAGGCCUUCCGCGCUGAGGAGUAUGACGGGAUCUAUCGGAAGUUGGGGUUACUCCUGUCGUGCGAGAUAAGGGAUAGGGACGCAAGUGAAAAAGCCCAGAAGAUGAGACACCUCUACGUAGUAAGAGAUGGCCAUCUGUUUAUAAAGCGACAGGUUGGGAACCCCAAGAGGAUCGUAUGUGGGAGGAACCGGCAGAUCGAUGUCAUAGCAGCCUUGCACGAUGGUAUAGCAGGGGGGCACAGAGGGGUUAGUGCGACGUGCGCGAAGAUAAGCGAGUUAUACCAUUGGGAUGGAAUGCUGACUAUGGUCAUUAAGUACUGCCAGUCCUGUGUACCUUGCCAGCAGAGGUCGACGCAAAGGCCUAGGGAGCCUCUGCACCCCAGGUUAGAAAGAGAAGUGGGUGCGGUCGUACACCUGGACCUAUUGUUCAUGCCACUCGGGGAGGAUGAAAAUAACUAUAUCUUUGACGCACGGGACAACCUUACCGGGUUCGUGGACGGCCGGACAAUCCGCACAAAAACUGGUCCAGUUUUAGCAAAGUGCAUUGAAGAGUACUACCUGCGUUAUCCGUUUGUCAGAGAGUUUGUGAUGGACCGGGGAUCGGAGUUCACCUGUAACGAGGCAGUCAUGCAGAGGGGCGGGAGGGACACACGGCCAUGCCAGGGGCUCCAGAGGAUAGCGGGAGGGGGCGAGCAGCACGAGCCGCCUAGGAGGGAGCCUACGCUUGAGUUCGAUGACGACAACAUCGAGCUCUUCUUGGACGUAUAUCGGGACCAUGCGGCACAGAGAGGGUGGUCAGUGGCGGAGAGGAUUCACCACUUGAGGGGUGUAGGGCGGUUAGAGGAGCCUGUCGCACAGAUAUGUGAGGAGGCCCUGGCUUGGCAGGACGUGGAGGCCGGGAUGCAGAGAUUGAGAGCUUCCCCUAGAGGGCACGAUGGCAUGCCCAUUCGAUUGGAGGAAGGGAACGCGGAGGAGUUCAUUCCCGCAUAUGAGCAUUACAUGUUGAGUCAGGGGAUUGCGCGGGAGGAGUGCGUGCAGGCCCUACUUAUCUGGACGAGGGGGGCAGAGAGGCCAGUGGCCAAACAGAUUUGGGAGAGGGCCCGAGACUGGGAGGACUGCCAGGCCCAGCUCAGGAGGACGUUUGGACGGCCAGAGUGCGAGGGGCACGAGCCCAGGGUCGAGAGGCGACGGCGAAGCAAGAGGCCAAGGGAACCGACACCGAGAGAGGUGGGACUGGCCAGAGAGAGGGGGAGGGCCCCAGCACAGCGGGAGGGUGAGCCCGCAGGGCCCGCAUUGGCCGAGGAGUCGUUCCCUGCUUGUGGCCUCCGGGCGGUUGAGUUUCGACGGAUUACGGGCGAGGAGCUGAGACCGCCCUCACCGUUACCAUCAGCACAGGAACAGGAUAUACGAAGAGAGACGCCAUUCCGAAGCUUAGCGACUCAUCUUGAUGCAUCUCGAUGGGAGGCCUCACGAUUGGGGGAGGGCUCAGUUGAGCCGACGUGCUAUGUGUCAUUGGAGGAGCCUUUGGACCCCGAGACGGAGACGGACAUGCGAGACCGAGAGGAGCCGCAGGAUCCUGAGAUGGCAGUCGAGCAACCGGAUCCGGUAUGGCCUCAGGGCGGGGAGGUGAUCACGGACGGGGACGAUACCCCGCCACGCUCCCCAGUUCCUGAGCCAGCACAGUAUGGCCAGAGGGGAUUCCCGAGCCAGGCAGAGUCGCUUAUGGCUAUGUCCACGGAGAGGAGAGGUUCGCGUUUGCAUGAGCUGGCGGCAGCCAUGGGGAUAGGCACGCCACAGGAGGGGCCUCAGAGAUGCGACGCUCCAGAGCAUGUCCCGAGGUUGGGAGAGCUGAGGGCGGAGCUGGGCUCUUGGGCCACAGGGAGAGACUCAGGAGGGUCUGAUUCGGAGCGGCAGCAGCAGCAGGGGGUCACGAGUGAGCCGGCCACCAUGGCAGGCUCCCAGCUAUCAGGAUCAUGUGGGGAUGAGGCGGUGAUUGUGACGGAGAGGCCUCUUGAGGAGGGACCCCAAGAGUUGAGGCUAGUGGGCACAGCCGUACGAGGGAGUGAGGGUGCUGAGGCCAUGGAGCCCGAACCUCAAGGCCAUAUGGGAUUGCCCUCGUGUCAUGAGGUGACUACUGAGGCUGUGGGGGCGCCUUCGGCAUCGAGUUCGCAGGGGAGAAAGAAGAAGACCGCCAGGUGGCACGAUACUUCCUGCUUUUGGUGCAAGAAGGAAGGGCACAGGGCCAUGGACUGUCCAGAACUCCUUGAGGAUAAGGCCGAGGGGCGGGUUGCAGAGGUCGACGGCAAGUUCUAUGAUAGGCAAGGCAGGAUAGUAGAGCGAGCUCCAGAUGGGGGCAGGGCUCGGUUAUAUAGGCAGAACCAGGAGGAAUUGUGUAAGUAGGGACUAGUCUGUCUAUGUGUCAGUAGGGUCGGAGUAUUUGGCACACAGGGGGCGGGUCGGAGGUGUAUAUAUGUUUAGUUGGCUGCGGGGGCCUUAGAUGUGUGCAUGCUUUAGAGGUGGUAGGAUAAGUCCCUGCCUGCUUAUGCAUACAUAGUUGAUUGUGGUUUCCUUGAGCUUUCUUUCAUGGGCCACGACUUAGGAGAUGAGGAUCGGCCGUAGGACACAUAGGACUAUUCAGUCCAUUGGUAAUUUCACAGUGCAGAGGUUAUUUGAGUUUUGGGAGAGACUGGGGUAUGAGUUUCCCUAGUCG